UGAACGUUCCCUCCUUUCUAAAUUAUCCUUCUUGGCAUUUACGAGCCCGCCUUAUAUCCAAGGGGGCGGCGGUGACAUUUUAUAUUUGUAUUUACGCGUAAUCGUUUCGUUGUUUGUCUGGCGAGGACGGCAGUUAGCAAGUAGCUAAAAAGCUUACAGCACUCCUGGAGGCGCCUGCCCGCGGAGUCAAAAAGCGUCUCGUUUCAAGCGAGGUGAGUUGUUCGCAGCGGGGGACGAACGAUCGACAGCUGGACUGUCAGCAAUGGAAGCCGAGUUUCGGGAAAUCGAUGACAACAGGAUUUGGAGCGCCAUUUACCAGGAGGUCCGUCAACAGUCAUGUGAACUGCCCUGCAAGGUGGCCAAACUACAAGAAAACAAGAGUCGGAACCGCUAUCGGGAUGUGAGCCCAUUUGACCACAGUAGAAUAUGUCUGCAGCAAAGUGCCAAUGACUACAUUAAUGCCAGCCUAAUAACUGUGGAAGAGGCGCAGAGGAACUAUAUCCUUACUCAGGGACCCCUACCCAACACAUGUGGUCACUUCUGGGAGAUGGUGUGGGAGCAGCGGUGUUGCGGUGUUGUGAUGCUCAACAGAGUAAUCGAAAAAGGAUCUGUCAAGUGCGCACAAUAUUGGCCCCACAGAGAAGAGAGGGAUGCUAUCUUUGAGGACACCAACUUCAAGCUCACCUUUGUUUCUGAAGACAUCAAAUCGUACUACACAGUUCGUCAUCUUGAGCUGGAAAAUCUUUCUGUAAGUUCUACGUGGCCAGAAAGUAAGACGUCACAUUUGUCCUUUUUGAUUUUUGCCAACAUUUUUUGCGUUUGUGACAUUUCUCCUCGGCAGACACUCGAGACACGUGAAAUCUUACAUUUUCACUACACCACCUGGCCUGACUUUGGGGUGCCUGAGUCUCCGGCUUCCUUCCUUAAUUUCUUGUUCAAAGUUCGGGAGUCGGGUUGUAUGAAUUCGGACCGGGGGCCAGUAGUGGUGCACUGCAGCGCUGGCAUCGGACGCUCUGGAACCUUCUGUUUGGUGGACACCUGCCUAUUACUGAUGUCUCUCCGCAAGGACCCAUCGUCUGUGCGUAUCCGCGAUGUUCUACUCGAGAUGCGCCGCCAUCGCAUGGGGUUGAUUCAGACGGCUGAUCAACUACGCUUCUCCUACCUUGCGGUCAUUGAAGGUGCUAAAUACCUCAAAGGAGACUUGUCAUUGCAGGAGUCAUGGAGGGAGUUCUCAAAUGAGGAAGAUAAUCCCCCUGAAUUUACUCCUCCCCCUCCACUCCCCCCUCCAAGAGAUCCUCAAAAUGGCAAAGUUGAGCCAUUGUUUUUUCCCGAGUUUCGGUCGUCUGAAGACCAUGAGCUGCGAAGAAGAACUGCAGUAAACCCGCUACCACCUCCUGGUGGUCACGAGGAACCCCAAGGUUCGACCCCCCAAACUGAAAUCAAAACCCAUCCUCAGCAGGAUGUGGAGCAACAUCAAGCAAAGGACACCCCCAUUCACCAGUUAGUGGAAACGCCUGCCGAGCCUUACAAUUGGUCUCCCCUUUUGGCCAACGUGUGCCUGUGCACGGGGCUGGCGCUCAGUGCUUAUGUUUGCUAUCGAGCCUUUUACCACUGAUUUCUCCAACUCCUCUCCCUCCUUUUCCUUCCUCUGUCCAUCCACUGACUAGCUUGGCCAAAUGUUAGUCUUGAACACUCAGGGUCUUUUCAAGAUAUCACGUCCCCGAUUACAUAUGUCAUCUUAAACACACAAAGCAGCGCCGUUCCCUCAAAAGCGCUUUCGAUAUGCCGAGAUAAAAGCAAGAGCCUAUAUUAUGGGACCAUGCACGUAUGUGCUUGUGAAUGUGCGGCACUCAUUUUAACCAACAAAUACGAUAACUGAAGUACAAAAUCCAACAAAUGCAGUAAUUGAAGUGCAAAAUCCAAAUAGAAAUGAAUGCUGGAAUAGUCAUUUUACACUUAUAAAAAAUGAUUAGUGUGACUGGACUGAGUUGCUAAUCGGACAUCAAAUAUUGCUGAAAAUUAUCAUCUUUAUAUAAGUGAGUAAAAAAACAAAAAAACGACCCGACCAAACAUUUUCGCUGCACAUACGCUGUUGAGUAAUAGAAUAUGGUCCUGUACAUAUAGCCACACAAAUGUAGAAUUUAUGAAAGAUGGUACAAAAUUCCAGCAUUUAGAAUGACGAGGAAACAAAGACAGUGUUUGACAAAGGUUAGCACGUCAGGCCUUUUCGCACUUCAUUCAUCAACACUCAUCACGCUGAACUCAGUCGGGCUUGAUGCAGCUAAUGUUUGUGAAACAUUCUGUCCAGUUUCACUUUCAGUCAGUCGAUGAGCUCGAUGAAAGUUCACUUGGUUAAAUGCCAAUUAAAAGUCAAAGUCAAAAGUCAAAAAUAUAUUGGACAAAAGUAGACAUCAUGCUACACCAAAAUGAAGCGGGUAAAAUGCUUUCAGCGUGCUAUCAGUGAUUGACCAACAAGUGGGAGAUGCCUCCUUUUUACUUCUUGGUUGGCUGCUACACUAGCAGCUUCUAAAUAUUGGCAGACUUUAACCUGACUGUUGGCAAAACUAAAUGCAGUUUGAAAAGGCUUUAUGGGUGAUUAAAAUAUCAGCUGUUGAUUUGGUCAAUGGCAUGGCACGGUUGUUGUCUGAGGAUAGCCAUGAUUUGGCUGCCAUCUGCAUAGCAUUUAUGCAAUAGCUAAGGCUACUAAACAUCCUAUUGAGAGCAUUCUCUUGUUAAAAUAAAAAAAUAAAAAGUAUCAGUAAGGUCACUGGGGAAAAAUAGGAAUCCUAUUUUUACAUUUAGUAUGGAUCCAAUACCUUUUUGUCCUCAUGCGAUUUGAAUGAGCAAUUUUGUCCUUUCAAGGUGAAAUUGGAAGAGCCCUUAAAGACCAUGAAGAUAGAUAUGUGCUUUAUAAUCAUAAGCCAUUAACCACAUGUUCAAAACAAACCUGUCUUAAUCCUUUAUUUUUUUCCUGUAAACCUUGUAUUGUCAUCACCUACCUGAAUGGUGAAAUUAGGAUUCAGUGACUCAUUGCUAGAAAAAAAAGCUAGACAGGGUCGAGUUAAAACGAGAGUGAGUGAACAUGGAAAGGAAGUGCCGCUGUUUUGGUCAACAUUUGUGUGAGGUCCGUGAAUGUAUGGAUGCUCGCCUCAUUAUACAUGAGAGGUGAAGUAUUAAAAACUAGCGAAGAACUUCAAGUGGACCUUGCAUCUUUCGAUAUAUUUUUUUUGUAUGCGGCCCUUGAAGGUGAAGCUUCGUACACCGCUGUGCUGUAUUUUUCUGCAUCACAGCAGUGGUAUUCGACUGUCAGUUGGGCGGAAUGUGGUUUCAGCGUUUGAGAGUGUAGGAAAUUUGUCACCAUUUUAAACUUUUUUAUGUAUGAUUCUUUUAAAAAAAAAAUUAUUUUUUUUUUACAAUGAAUAUUUUCACUUUACAGGGAAAAAUGGGAAACAGACUUCAUGUUAUUUUCUUUCUGCUGCAUAGGCAUACUCUCAACAAUGCAAAUAUUUCCAUUGUAGGGCAGAUUAGUAGUUUUUAGAUAUAAUUUUUCCCAGCAAUUGAAGGUGACAAGUGCAGGGUACACCCUUGCCCACACCCCUGCCCACGUACGCACAGCUGCAAAAAGUAAAAUGGGAUAGACUUACCCAUUGCCCUAAUGAGGACAAACGCUAUCAAAAAAAAAUCUGUGGACAAUGUUUCUAACUAGUGUAGAUUCUCCCCCAGUGGUUGGAGAGAAGACAUAAACAGAGCCAACUAUUUGCCAGCAAUAUAAACACGUCCUAUUCUGUAGCAAUUUGUUUUUGAACAGGGAACCAGGUAUUAAGAACAAAGCCAACACCAGCACAGGGAGACAACAACAAAACACUAGUAUUCUUAGGAGAUCGUCGCCCUGAGCUGCAAAUGCUGUUUUGAAUGAUUAUAUUGAGUUUUAGCAUGCUGCUUUUGUAAAUCAAGAGGUGAGAUAUAGAGUGAGUUACUGCUAUUAGCAUUCAACAAAUGAGUCGGUCAGCUGUCAAUUUGUUUUUUAUUUUUUUUAUUUUUCAUUUUGAAUGUAGAUUUGUCCUACUGAUGGACAAACUCUGAUUAUAUAUAUUUCAAAUCAGGAGUUGGUGUGCUGACACCAUUUUUGCGUUUGAUCAAGGGAUUCAACAUCAGCACCUCAAGUUGUCCUGUUUUCCAUGCUGAGCUUAAAAAUGUAUUUUAUUAUUUACAUGUUUGCCUUUUCAAAUAAACAGAUAUAC